AUGGCUUCCUCCUUCGUCUCCCUUCUGCUUCCCCUCCUCUCUUUCGCUGGCGCCCAGGAGCAGUUACCGAACUGUGAUCCCAGCGCCGGCAAGUUCAGCGACAACAGCACCUACCAAUCCAACCUCGAACUCCUCCUCUCCACCCUCUCCUCCGACGGCUACGCCACCGGCUUCCUCAAUACCAGUGUCGGGGGAGGCUCCGACCAGGUGUUUGGCCUCGUCAACUGCCGCGGCGACAUCAACGCCACCGAGUGCCGCUCCUGCCUCGACACCGCCACCGCCGAAGUCACCCGCAACUGCCCUAAUUACAGGGCGGCCGAGCUGUGGUACGAUGUCUGCCUCGUCCUCAUCUCCGACAAGCCGCUGCCCAUCUCCUCCUCUAACCGACAGCCACUGGCGUUUAACAGCAUGAACAACGCCCCGGAACCGAACCGGUUCGCCUGGCUGUUGAGGAUGCUGAUGAACCGGACUGCCGAUGCGGCGGCCAAUUCCAGCAAGAGGUUCGCGAUCGGGGAAGCCAACUACUACACGGCAGAGUUCCCCUCCAUCUACGUCCUGAUGCACUGCAGGCACGACCUGUCGCACGAGCAGUGCAGGGAGUGCCUGGGCACGCUGUUCGUUCCGAUGCCGCCGUUGUUCGUGGGAAAGCAAGGGGGGAGGAUACUCGGCGAGAGCUGCGGCAUGAGGUUCGAGCUCUACUCCUUCUUCCAAGGUUCCCCUACCGUCAACAUCUCUGUGCCCUCGCCGUCAGCGAUGCAACUGGCUUCGGCGGCCACCUCCUCCGGAGAGAUUGACUUGAGCGUCAUAGGCCAAUGCCAGGAACCCAUUAACGGUCUGGCACUGACGCUUUUGUGCUGCAAGAUUACAUGA